GUGUCAGAGAAGGGUUCCUCUCUUUCUCGUGUUAUCAUCCAUCUCUGAAACAUACUUUUGUAACCGUCUCUGUUUCUUCUUCUUCUUCUUCUUCUUCUUUCUCCAAGAUUUGAUCUAUAAUGGGGAAGACGAGCGGGACGAGAGAUUGGGCUCAGAUCUACGCCAUCUACGGGAUCGAGCAGAAACACACUCUCUUCUUCUUCCUUCUCAACGCCAUUGCUUUCUCUCUACUCUCCACCGUCUUCUUCCUCUACUUCCACCCCAUCUGCCUCUUCCUCGAGUCCUUCCUCUUCUCCAGCUCCUCCCCCGCCGCGGCUAGAUUCUCCGCAGGUUUCUUCGGAGCCGUAACGGCGCUCUCCGCCGUCUGUUUGUUCUUCGCGGCGGCGAACUUUUUCUACUCCGCGGUGCCGCUACGGUACGAGAUGGCGCAGAAGAUGGUUGGAUCGGUGGGAGAUUGGUCGAGCGUGAAGACGGCGCUUGAUCUCGGCUGCGGUCGAGGGGUCUUGCUGAAUGCGGUGGCGAUGCAGCUUAAGAAAACCGGUAGUUCGGGUCGGGUCGUCGGGUUAGACCGAUCCAUGUCGACAACUCUCUCUACUCUCCGCACGGCUCACAUGGAAGGAGUGCAAGAGUACGUGACUUGCCGUCAAGGAGACGUAAGACGGCUUCCGUUCGGUGACAACUACUUCGACGUGGUGGUCUCCGCCGUGUUUCUCCACACAGUUGGGAAAGAAUACGGUCAGAAAACGGUGGAGGCGGCGGCAGAGAGGACGAGAGUGCUAGGAGAAGCGGUGAGAGUGUUGAAACCCGGCGGCGUAGGAGUGCUGUGGGAUCUUGUACACGUGCCGGAGUACGUGCGGAGGUUACAAGAGCUGAGGAUGGAGGAGAUUAGGGUUUCGAAGCGAGUCACUGCGUUUAUGGUUAAGAGCCAUAUGGUCUCGUUUAAGAAGCCUAGUCAGCAUUUUGUGGGUCCUGGAGAAGUACGUUUAGAUUGGAGAUGUUAAAUGACGUGGAAAUAUGAAAACGUUUUGUUUCUUACUUUUUUCUUCUAAUUAGGGAAUCUAUAUGGCCAAAAUAUAAGUGAAUUUCGUCGAUUUGCAGUGCAUGGGUAUGGAUAGAGUUGUGUAUUUGUGGAGAGCUUUAAAAACACUAAAUUGAUCUUAAUUUUGUAUCAUAU